AUGGUAUGUGUAAUCUUGUCUGGUUACAGCUUCGUUGCAUGCUACGGGACAAUGCUAACAUUCCUACCAGCUGAAAAUAGUUGGCGAUGCCACAUUGCAAACUCGAGGUUGGACAGCCCAGACUCCAGGCAGAUAUCUGCACUAUUUUCUGUCAAUGCCGAGUCGAGAGCUUUUUGCCUAGAGUCUUACAUAUCCUUCUGUGGCGUCUCUUUGCAUCGCAGCCUCGAUGUGCUAUACCUCUCAUGGCAACAAAGCCAGCCUGGCGCCACUAUUCAACAUCGAUCAAGUUCGAUCGCCAUAGAAGGGAAGCCUCUCAGUCAACUCCAUACUGUUGCUAUCACCCUGAUGCGCAAUAACGAAUAUAAUGACAAUCGAUUUGGAGCUCUGGUGGAUUGUCUGCGGACUUUCGGAACACCUCGCAAGCUUCUCUUGUGCCUUGUCGGCCCCAAUCUCCCCAAUUUGUUCUCGGACAUCACGGGCUUCUCUAUUUCCACUGGGAAGAACGUUGUCCUUUUGGACUGGCCAAACAGAGUCGAGGAACACAUGGGAGAAUCUGUGGUAGGGCAUGUCAUUGAAGCAUUGGAGGCAGAAAAGUCCAACAACCCUGGCUUCGAGAUUCCCAUUGUCGAUGGAAGGCUGCGGUAUAUAACCGUCAGCAAUCCUUCUCGACAUGUUCUCAGAGAUCCUCUUCCGUUCUAG